GAGAAUCUGCUGGUUGGGUAGAGCUUGUAAGUAGUGACCUCCAUGCUCCUGCUCGAAAAAGACAUGGAAAUCAAUCUAGGCCUGUGUGUGCAUUGAGGAACUCAAUCUAACUUUUUUGUCUUUUUCUUCUGUUAGGUUGACUUCGGAGAGACCUCUUCCGAGUUGUGUACGGCUGCGACUGAAACCCCGAAGGAGAUAUCGACAUUGGGCCCUACCGAAGCAUCCGCAGUCAAUUACACCGAUACAUUGAGUGGAAAAACUACACUAAGCCCUACAAGCUACCCCGAAGCAUUUCCUACUGAUGCUCCUGAAGCGAAACCUACUGAGAGCCCGACAAAGGCACCAAUCACGAGCGAUCCUACCAGCACUCCAACGCAAGAAUCAAUCCUGACAGAGGUUCCUACCGUGACCCUUACAGGUGGAAUGAAUGUUCCCACCAAUACACAUCAGCUUGAAACCGGCAGCCUUGCACCAGCGACAAGCACUCCUAACCCAGUUCAGAUUACAGAGAAUCCACUGGGGGACAUAGCAAUGGAUGUAGAAACUGCCAACGAGGAUUCGUCGGUGGGUGUGAAACCACCAAUGACACCAUCGGAGUCGUUUCCGGAAGACAUUGACGUAGCGGCGUCUAUGAGCAUGUCGAUGUCGAUGUCCAUGAAUCGCUUUCUCGAAGAUUCGACCAAUCGAGAAGUGUCAGUAUGGACACCUUUAUCAGACAAAAGAGGGGAUACAUUCUGAGUCGAAGGAGACAACGAGAGACUCUACUUUGAUUACUAACA